AUGAGUGGAGCUGACACAACAACCUCUGAUGAUCUUAUUCGAGGUAAGUGCAUCAUAAGUGAUAGAGUUAUUGAUGUUCUUUAUGACUCUAGAGCCACCCAUUCAUUUAUAUCUUUGGAUUGUGUGAAAAGUCUUCAUUUGCUUGUCACAACUAUGCCUUAUGAUGUUGUGGUGUCCACUCCUACUAAUAAACCAGUUACUACCUCUGAUGCAUGUCUAAGAUGUUCUAUAAUCAUACAUGGUAGAACUUUCUUAGUGGACUUGAUUUGUUUGCCAUUCUCUUGUUUAGACAUAGUAUUAGGGAUGGAUUGGUUGUCAACCAAUCGUGUCCUUCUGAACUGCAAAGAUAAAACUUUGAUCUCUAGUACACCUUCACAAGAAAACUCUAGAUUUAUAACUAUAGAGGACUCUAAACCAAUAAAAGAUGUCAAAGCUUUUAUGGUCUUAUUUUCUUCUAUUGUAGAAGAAUCUCUUGUUGUGAGUAGCAUUCCUAUUGUUAACGAAUUCUCUAAAGUCUUUCCUAAAGACAUAACUGAGUUACCACCAGAAAGAGAGCUUGAAUUCACAAUAGACCUAAUCCUAGGGUCUAGUCCUAUAUCUAUUGCCCCAUAUCGCAUGUCUUUAGUUGAAUUAUCCGAGGUAAAGAACCAAAUGGAGGAACUGUUGUAA